AUGUUUGCUAGAUAUCUUGUACUUGCCUUUUUAGCCACCGUCGCCAUUGCCGCGCCGCUCAACAUAAAUCUCGGUGCUUAUUCGCCGGCACUGGUAGUCGGUGAUGGUGAGAUUUCAUUUGGCGGAGCCGAAGGCGAAGCCUCAGCAGCGGGAAUUUUCAACACACUGCAAGGCUCAGGGACCACAGGCGUAGCGGCGGCUGGCGAGGGUAAAGCCGGUGCGAAAGUCGACGGUCUUGACGACACUGUAAAAAAGGCAGGCGGCGAGAAGGCUACCAAGAAGGCAAAAGCUGAAGAGGUAACAGAAAAACGCGCUGAGAAGCGUGAUAUGGCUGGCUUCACCGCUGCUCUAAACUACGCCGAUGCUGCUCUCAACAAAGGUCCGAUAAUCGAUCUUGGCACUGGAGGCGGUGGUUCCGGCGUCGGAAUAACAGUCAAGCCAGGAGGAGUUUCAUAA